AUGUGGUCAUCUACUUCCAGCGUUAUACGCUUGACCGCGGAGACCUCUGGGAAAGACGACCCUAGGCGAUCGAGGGUCCGUGUGGCAAUUCGUGAGAAGAAGUCCAAGUAUAAGCUCUGGUGGAGGACACGUCAGCUUGAAGAUCGAGAUGCUUACCUAGCGGCGAAGAGGGAGGCUAAGAAAGCAGUCUCCAAGGCGAAGUCGGACCGCUACAAGGCUGUGUAG